AUGACGGAUAAGGGAGAAGGCAAAGGAAAAAGAGAUAGCCACAUUUCUUCUGGCAACAAGUCACCGGAAAAGGAGGGAUUACCCGACGCUAAGUAUUCUGUCCCUGCUGAUUCUAACUCUGGUGAAGAGGAAGGGAACCAGACCACUGAAGACCAGAGUAAGAAAAAACGCGCUGAUAACUUAAACAAAACAGAUGAGUCAAAUAUAAAAUCAAAGGAUGAAACAACGGAAAAUGGUGUAUCUCCUAAAAAGCAAUCCAAACAAAAUUCAGCCGGAAACAAUUCUGCUCUCAUAAUCGGAGCGUUGAUUUUUCUAGCAAUUGCAGUGAUAUUUUCCCGGGUUUCCGACUCGUACUCAGAUUCAAAUUCACAAAAAGAAGAUUGGCGCUCGAACAUCGAUCCAAAUAAUCGACUUGUACAUGAACAACAAUAUACUAUUACGGCUUCACUAAAAUCGAUUAUGGAUCAAACUCAUCGAGAAGGUGUAUCAACUUUACUGAUUCUGUCACCAAAAGAGAAAAGUGCUGCAAGAAUUGCCCAAUGUCUACUUAAAUUUGUAAACAGAAAAUCACGCGCAACUACGGCAUCAACCGAAAUCGAUCUUAAGUCACACCGUGGUGGUAAACUACAAUUGGACCAGGAUCUUCAACUAUUAUUCAAGUCAGGCAGUGACAUACAAGCUGUACUCCUACGUCAUAUUGACGAUAACUCAUCUUCAGAUGCAUUCGAACGAGCCCGUUUAUUAUUUGCUUAUUGUGAUGGUGAAAAUCCUGUUGUUCCACAUCGAUUGAUCAUUAUGACAGCUACGAGUGAAACGCCACACGAAAGUGAAUUGCGUGAACGGUUCAAGGAAUAUUGGCCAAGUGAACAUGAUUUUGUCGACGCUCUGAUGUCUCGUAUCAGUGGACAUACACUUUUUGUUGACGAGGAUCAAUUAUCUAUUUGUUAA